AUGAACGAUCAUCUUAAAAGUCGCAUCACGCCCGCUCCGUCCUCGAAGAUCGAUGUGAUCCAGGCCUUCCACCGUCUCCUCCUCCCGUUCGGUCUGAAGGUAGGUCCCGCCUGGUUCCAGCAGUUUAUCAACGCGCAGCUUCACGAUCUCCUCGACCGAUUUAACGUGACCAAGGUUGACUACCUCGGCGUUCUGCUUGAAGCCGGUGUGGGCCUUAGUGUCGACCCUCGGAAAGUUCGAUCGAUACAAGACUGGAAGUUUGAAGACCUCCGAGACCGCACCGCGAUCCGAUCAUUCGUUGGCCUAUGCAACUUCAUCCGUGUUUUCUGCUACCACGCCUCCGGAGUGGCAGAACCCUUGAACCGGUUGCUUAAGAAGGAUGUUGCCUUUGUGAUGGGCCCGGAGCAACGCGAAGCAUUUGAUCAACUCAAGCGCCUGGCUAUCGAAGCCCCGGUCCUCGCCUUCUUUAGACCAGAACUGCCGACCCGACUGGAGACCGAUGCCUCCCGGAAUGCCACAGCUGGUGUUCUAUGGCAGGAACAGCCUGAUCAGACCUGGAAGCCCGUUGGAUUCUUCUCUAAGACCAUGACCCCGGCCGAGCGAGCCUACCCAAUCCAAGAUCGAGAGCUCCUCGCCGUCGUACAGAGUCUAGAGCACUUCUACCCAGAGCUCUUAGGCCAGAAGUUCGAUGUGAUCACCGAUCACGAAGCCUUAGUCCAUUUCUCUACGAAGCGCCUGCUCUCGGUACGACAGAUCAGAUGGUCCGACUUUCUCGCCCAGUUCGACAUCCGUUUCCUCUACCGCCCCGGUCGACUGAACGUAGUCGCCGAUGCCCUCUCAGGAAGACAGCGGAGCUCCCUACCGUAA